AUGUUCACUGUAGUAUUACGUCUUUAUGACGUUCUGCUUCUGCUUAUCGUCGUAAUUCAACGCUCUGAAGCUGCAUCCUUACAUUCUGUCGGCGGCAUACUCAACGCAGUCGUAAGAAAACCUGGCCUACCGGACACGUUGUUCCCCACGAUUUGCCCUCCGCUAUGCUCAGAACUUUUCCAUGCUGAGGAAAUCGUUCAAAAUAAUUCCUAUAGCGAACGAUGUACAUGUAUGUGUCCGCGAACAAUGCCAGUCUACCUGAACACAGCCGGAUAUUGUGUGGAUCGUCUCGAUGAAUGUCGUCACAAUCUCGCGUUCAAUUCGUCGAUCGAGACCGAGCGUCUGAUUCCGGUUGUGUCGUUACCGGCGAAGAAUGGGGUCCUACAUCCGAAAGUCCCGAUACGAUGGCGAGAUGGAGGUAUAGCAGUUUCACCGGAGGGCAGCGUCGACUGUACCGUGAGCGCAGUGUUCUUCGAUAACAUGGAUCAUCGGUGGAGAGCAACCACUCGACGAACCCUUUUCGAGAUAUCUACAGUACGUGGACGCCCUGCGGUAAUGUUUCUUGGCACGGAAACAGAUGUGGCGAUCCUGACUGGAGCUGUUGUCCAGCUGAAGCUAUCCUGCGCCGGUUUUGCGCCGGACGAACACUGUCUUUCUUUCCGGGUCACUGGAGUAUCCGGAGAAAAUCCUUACCUUCCACCUUCUUCCGGGACCAGAGCAGAGCUAUUGUUCAUCCUGGUGCUUGCGUUUCUUCUUGCGCUUACCGUAAUUGGUUCUUUUAUCGUUUGGCAUCUAUGUUGGCGAAUCAAAAAACGACAAUUGAUUUCCGAUAUUCAAAUGCAAUUCCUCUAUCAUUUACAGCAACAACAAGAAGCACAAAAGAUGGCGGCCGCACACGCCUCUGAAAUGAGUCAAUGUGAAUUCAAGGCCGCCUUGGAACGUAUCCCGAAACGCCGGCUGUAUUUCAGUUCAGAGUACUUGGAUGAGGCGAUGAUGGUGAAUCCACCACCAGUUGCCGAACAAUUCCUCGCUGAUCUACGGAGAGUGAUAGAAACAGCACGAGAACGAAUAAGGAUGCGACGUUUUGUGCCCAUGCUGAUCACCAUACCUGAGGACCAUGAGGAGACCACGAGUUCCGUUGUCCAAGAGAAUGAGCCAAAUAAUGAAGAAUCGCAUGUGAUCAACCAGCAAGAGUCACCGAAAAGCGACAAAUCCGUCGACAGCGGUCGAGAAUCACGUUCGGAUUCGGAUGACUCAAGUAAGGAGGAGGAGGAUGAGGACGAAGAGGUUCAACCGCAAGAAAACGAAAAUCCUCAAAACGAGGAGCGGAAGGGAAGCGUACGAAAUCUUGUACACGGAUUUGAAACUCGUUCGUCGCCAACAACGCAACUUCCGAAACCAUCGCGGAUUCCUCCACGGAUCCCAGCGAAACCUCGUGCGCCGCCCACCUCUCAAAUCCCUACACUUCUAGGCGAAUCAAGUCCACGACCGCUGCAGAAAUCUCUUUCGUUGGCGCGUGUUCCUUCUCUACCGAAGACCUCACCUCCACGAAUGCCGUCGGAUUCCAGAGCUCGCAAAGGAUACGCCGUCUUCCCAGCCGAUCCAAUGCUGAACAAAUCGUUACCGCGACGCAAACGUGCAAUCCCUCGACUUGUAGCCGAAACGUCCUCGUCUACGUCUACCGCUUCCAGUUAG